AAGACACAACGAGCGAGAGAGACACUUCCGGGAGGCACAUUUUUGCUCAGGCGUUAACUUGAAACAAAUGGCGUGAUUUCUGUGAACCUCAUUUUUCCAGUUGUGUAUGAUUAUAUCUCUUCUUGUAUAGAGCGAGCCAUUAUCGAGCGAGAGAUAUUUGUUCCUCUUCUAAGUGCCAAUAGGCAUGGCUGUAUGGAAACUAAGCAUGUAAGGAUCUCUUGGUGUGCAGCUCAUCUCCACCUGCAGCCUUCAUAUUUGCAGAAAGAAGCAGAGGUAGCCAAAGCAGCAGAAGCAUGGACGCGGUCCUGAGCAGGUUGAAAGAUCUCACUGCUGACGAGUUGAGGGAGGAGAUCAUCAAAGCCAAUUUGAAGUGUGGCCCCAUCACUGCCACGACAAGAGCCAUAUUUGAGCGUAAGCUUGCCAGGGCUCUAGUGGAGAAUGCUGGACUUACCGAGCCUGAUGGCAGCAAUGGGAACAGUGCCUCGUUGGAAGGCUCUGGGAGUUUAGUGGCACCCUGUGCCACAUCAGCAACUCCAGAUCCGGUCACAGGCGAGGAUGGAGAUUUUGGGUACGGCAUGGGCCUUAACCCGCCGGAGGAGGAGGCUCUGAGUAGAACAGUGUGCCCCUGUAAUGUGGAGAAUUCACAGUUGGAGGCACAGACUCCCUCUAAAACUGCGCAGGUGUCACCCACCUUCUUCUACGGGGUGUGUCCUUUGUGGGAGGAUGUACUGGCUAGGAAUGAGAGAGCCCAUGUGUACAUAGAUAAGAAAGAGGCUUUGCAGGCCGUUAAAAUGAUGAAGGGGGCUCGGUUUAAAGCUUUCUCCAAUCGUGAGGAUGCUGAGAAGUUUGCCAAAGGCAUAUGUGACUACUACCCUUCGCCUAGUAAAAACACUCCCUGUGUUUCUCCCGUCAAACCUGGCCUGGUGUUUAACAAAGACCACCCAUCUAUGAUGGAGUCAGACACAAUCAACAGGGAAAAGGCAAACAGUUUUAAGAGCCCUCGGACACAAGAUUUGACGGCCAAGCUAAGGAAGGCCGUGGAGAAGGGAGACGAGAUGGCCUUUACUGAGCUGGUCUGGAGCAACCCUCGUUACCUCAUUGGGUCAGGGGACAACCCAACUGUAGUCCAGGAGGGCUGCAGGUAUAACGUGAUGCAUGUGGCUGCUAAGGAGAACCAGCCAGGCAUUGUUCAGAUCCUGUUGGACACUCUUGAGAACCCAGAUUUCAUGCGUCUUAUGUACCCAGAUGACCAGGAGAGCAUGCUGCAGAAACGCAUCCGAUAUAUCGUAGACCUGUACCUCAAUACGCCAGAUAAAGCUGGGUUUGAGACGCCUCUCCACUUUGCGUGUAAAUUUGGCUGCCCAGAGGUGGUGAACAUACUCUGUUCUCAUCCAGACAUUGACAAGAACUGCAAGAACAAGUACAACCAGAAACCCUCUGAGGUCAUUUGUGAAAGAAUGAAAGAAAAGGGUAAAAUUCAGGAGGUCAAACAGAAAAUAAAUGAAUAUUUAGAAGAUCGAUUAUACAUCCCUUUAUUGAGAGCCACUGAUAACUCCUCCCAGCCUGUGAUUGGUACACCUUGGUCCCCUGAGCCAAUGGAAAACCUGUCACCACGGUUACCCAGAAGCCCAAAGGAUCCAGUUAUGGCAGUCAGGGCCUUUGCUGGGCCUUUGAGUCCAUCUAAAGCGGAUGAGUUCAGACGGGCAUGGAAGACUCCUCCCAGAGAACGGGCAGACCAUUUCCACAACAUCUUAAAGUCCGACCCAGACCGUGGUGCAGAAAGAGUUGGCAGAGAUCUGGCCCAUGAGCUCGGUCAUCCCUGGGCAGAGUAUUGGGAUUUCCUGGAUAGUUUUGUGGACCUGCAGUCAAAUGAAGGCCUGAAAGUGCUUGAAGAAUACCUCAGUAAAAAGGACUUUAGGGAGCGCGCUCAUGAGGAGGCUGGAGAGAAUGAAACCAGCAACAGGUUUAAAACCCCAUCUCCAGGCAAAUUGAAGAAGUUCUGUAACUCCAUCUCUGUGGGGGCAUUUCUGGAUGAGGGUGAUGACAUCAGCCUGGAGGAGAUCAAGAACAGGCAGAACGCUGCACUCACCAGUAUUUCUUCUGUGUGCUCCAAAGAUGGCCUGCAGGGGGCAGUAGGGGGGCUUGAAUUUCACAUCCUACCAGUUUCCCACAGUGCUGACCUCAUAGAGGUAGCGGCAGAGCAGGAUUUACUGCUCUCUGAGAAAUCCUUGAUCUCCAGCAGUAAAAAUGGCCUGUGCGAACAGGGCCCCGGGGACAGGACUCCAAACGGGGACAAAAUGUCCCCUCGCAUCUGCAGUUCCUCUAGUUCCUGCAUGCUGUCGCCCAUCUCGAACCUAAUGGCUGAGUUUGAGAGGAUGUCUUUGCUGGAUGAGCCAGAGAGGACAAACAGGGAGAGAAGAAGGAGUGGAGGGAAACGCCACAGAGACGCCCAGGCCACAGAGCUCACCUCGGGACUGGGCCGCCUCUCGUUGUCCUCGGAUGAUGACUCCGUGUUUGAGAAAGACAGGACGUCUGUGUUACGAGCAGCUGAGAAUGAUGGAGUGGAGAGAAGAAAUGAAGUAGAUGGGAGGUCCAGUGCAAGUUCAGAUGAAUACUUUCUGUCCAGUGAGAGGUUAGAACAUAUGAACCAACAGACUAUAGAGACCUCAGGGGGUGAGCGCACAAUAUGUGCCAGAUCAAAGUCCUGGGAUCAUGGGGGAAGAGACCUCAGCUCCUCAGGGUCUUCCAGCUCCUACAGAUCACUUGACGGCUCUCAGGACUUCAUACUGCGGACCCCUCCCAGAGUGGCGAAAAGACUCUUCAUUGAAGGUGAUUCACCCACCAAGUUGGACAGAGAGGUUUUGUCAGCUUUAGGAGUCACAGAUGUUGACCCUCUGAAAUAUCCCAGCAUUCACAAAUGGAAGAGCACAAUUCAGGCAUUCUCCCACUUAGAAAUGCAAAGCUGGCAGACUCCUGCAGUGUACAAGAGCCAGUUCAGGGCUCACUCAGUCACCCCUGGCUCUCCAGCGAGUGGUUUGAUGUCCCCCGUGGGCCGUUUCAGCCCAGCUCGUCACAUGGGCUCACCGGACGUCUGCAGCCCUGGACGCUACAGCCCAGCACACUCCAAUUACAGCCCCGCUCAUUCAAACUACAGCCCUGCUCAUUCAAACUACAGCCCUGUCAGCUACAUCCAACGUAUCCGGCUAAAACAUUUCGGCGACGCCCCCAUUUAACAAACGCUCUCCAUCCCGUCCAGCCCCACCGCCAAUUUCUACUGAUUAGUAACUGAAAUAACAAAAGUAACUAAAUCCAGAGUGGGCUGUAUCAGAGGAUGGAACAUUUGGAGAACAAUGUUAUAAUUGGAGAACAUUGUUAUAAUGGAAGCCAUGAAAUCCGCUCAAAAUGGGCUCUUAGUGCCGUGCAAACCGUAGAUAUGAUCUCGCAACAGGCCGUCCUUCAGUUUGAAUGCUCCUUGGUUCAUAGAACACAGCUCAAAUAAUAAUAUGCACAUCUCCUGUGGGUUUUUGAAACAUAAUAUAUAUAUAAAUAUAUAUAUUCGGUACUUCUGUGUAUGACACUGAGUAUGUUGAUCUGUGAUGGUCGUAUAGACUUUUCUAACCUGUUUUUUUUGUUUUCUUGUUUCUUUAUCUGCGUGUGUGUGUGUGUGUUUGGGAGAUACAUCUGUGGAUUUACAAAGCUGUGUCUUUAAUGGAAAUUAAUAAUUUCCCACUUAACACAGUCAUUUAAAUUGGGGAAAAGAUGUCAACAUAUAAACACAGAAACCAAGAGCUAAAUUAAAAUAAUGUAGUAGUAAAUUAUUGAAUUAUUUUUGCUAUUUAACCGUCAGUAGCACAAAAAGCUCAUUUUAAUGGGUAUUUAAUGGUUUUUAAGGAAAAAAAAAAAAGUCGACUGACUGCCAGAAGUUAUUUUUUAUUCGUUAAUUGGACAACUGCCUUACAUUUCUUAAAGGAAAGACCAACUUCUGAAUCUCAAAAGCAGGUGUUUAUUCAUGCAUUGUUAAUAGCAGCCUUAGGUGUUGGGAAAAUAUGGUCUAUAACGUGUGAAAAAUAUUCCCCUUUUUUAUUUUUAAGUUCAAUAAAUGUGAUUUAUCAUUUCUAAGUACGUAUUUGUUUGCACUUUUAAUUCUUUUCGGAUUUUGACGCAAAAGUUCAUCAAGACCAACAGAUGAGACUUAGUUGCGUUUGAUGGAAAGACUUGAAUCUGCAUAGUUUGAGCCGUACAGUGUUCAAACACAUGCGAAGUUGGUGAUGAUUGAUGAGUGUGGAUGGCAGUUUGGUACUGUCUUGUUACAUAAAUGUCAUAAUAGCUGUAAGACUUGAUGAUUGUGAAUCCAGAGUGUUGUGAGUACACUUUAAAUGUGUUCAAAGAUAAUUUUCCCCUUAUCCCAUCAUCAGCGAACAAUGUUUCAAUCUCGCCCCUAGAUCAUGUCAGUGCGACGCUCUCGUUGGCUUUUGAAAUGGAUUCAUUUUGCCAGAUCGCAAACGAUUCACCCCAUUCAUUUUCAAAUCAAAGCUACAUGUGCAAAAGCAGAAAAGCUCCAGGUAGCUCAGUUUUAUGUGAUGAAUAUCUCAAGGAAAUGAGUCCAGAACAUCCUCUGUGGUACUUUCAGAUCAUGUGAUCUAUUUCUUUGGUGCCCAUCAUUCUCAGUGUAGUGCUGGCCUGUUGAUCUUUGCUUUGUAAAGCUUUAGUGCCUUUGAUUAUGAUCUGUUUGGAAGAGCCUGUGGCUCCUCAGUGCAUGACAAAUGCACUGACCAAAUACAAGCCGAUUAGACCCUCUUUUUUUUUUUUCUUUCUUUCUGUUUCUUAGUAUAAAAUACAGUACAGUAGCAUUGGCAUAUGCAGUGUCUGAAUACCUCUUAAAUGCGAUUGUAAGAGAAGAAAAAAGGUUUACAGUUUAGUUAUUGCUAGUGUUGUAUCAAUGCCAGCCUUACUUUUUGUUAAACAAUGCUUUGUAGUGCCAACACUGGUGGAUUGAAAAUGAGUUGCAGUUUAUUGUUGAGAAUUGAAUUAUUUUUGUUGUCCUGGCCUUUUUGUUGCAUGCAUUUCUAGUCCUAUUUUAUUACAGUAUACAUUAAAGGAAAGUAUUUGAUGUUCUCUUGAUGAACGAUAAAUAAAGUGCACAGUCUUGUAA